AGCGAUGAAUAAGAAAUUGUGAGUGUCUUCAUAGUAAAUAGAAAGUGAAUUGUGACGUCAAACUUUCAACACCAGUCGAUGAAUUGUAGGUUACAAAAUCGUUCUCAGAUUUUUCGAUCGUCCACAAUCGAGAUUCAAUAUGGCUGACGUGUCGGGAUCCAGUGCAUCACAAGUCGCAAGAAUGUCUUAUUCUCCUGAAAUAAUUCUAUUGUUCAGUGGCAAGAGAAAAUCUGGGAAGGAUUAUAUCACUGAUAAAUUAUUCGAAACACUGGGUUCGGACGCUAGCGUUAUAAUAAAAAUCUCAGGCCCAAUAAAAAGCCACUGGGCAAAAGCUCGCAAUCUUGAUCUCAACCAAUUGCUCAGUGAUGGGGAAUACAAGGAGAAAUACCGGCUUGAGAUGAUCAAGUGGGGUGAAGACACCAGGAAGAAUGACCCUGGGUAUUUCUGUCGGGCCUCUAUCGAUAUGUACAACGUCAUUUUGAUGUCUAUUACGCCCGGGAUUUUUUAUCUGUGGAAGCCUUUACAGCCCCUAUAUUCACUUCUUCUAGCCCAUGGCAAGAGAAUUUGGAUUGUCAGUGAUAUUAGAAGAAAAACUGACUUGAAAUGGUUCAGGGAUAACUUUCCACAGAAAUGUAAAAGCAUUCGGAUAAAUUGUGGAGAUGCAGUUCGAAUUCAACGUGGAUGGAUUUUUACUCCAGGAGUUGACGACUGCGAAACCGAGUGUGACUUAGACGACGUGAAGGACUGGGAUCUAACGAUUUUAAAUGAAGGUGCAAGUUCCAAAGAGCUUUUAAAAUCACUGCUUCAUCUUAUCGGAUGACAAUAGGUCCAAUUAGCUUUAAAAAUUGACAUUCCAUAGCAAUAUUUUUUUAAGUACGAAACAUCAAUGGUGAUUUUUUUCAGUAUAUUUUUAUACUUCACAAUAAUUCAGGUGAACAAGUAGAUUCUAAUGAACUUUUUCCAUGACAGAUGUACCAAAAAAAUAAUAAGGAUUUUCAAUAUGAUUAAGUAGCAAUUCAAUUAAUGGUUACUAGUUUUUUUUCGGGAUGUACGUCAUGUAAAUUGUGCAAAGAAUAAAGAUGGGAAAAACGGUG